CCUGAACAUUUGCUUCAUAUGUUGUUACAUUCUAUUUUUAUGAGGUUGAAGCAUAUUUUUAAAACUUUAAACCCUGCUUUCCAAAAACACUGACAUGAAUUGAACAUCCCAUGGUGACUAGCGCAGUGGGCGGGCACAGGUGGUACAAAGCCAAACAUUUACACCUUCUGGCAUACUUCCUUUACUACUCCCCUCGCCUCGCUUACUUUUAUUUACAGAUUGCAUAAAGAAAGUUGGUAUAGGCCUAUUAAAAAAUAAACGCUUUGGUUUAUUGAAUUAUCUGAAGAGUAUAUAAGCGCGUCGCUACCAACACAAAUUCGCAAGCAAGAUGAGGCUCAACAUCUUGCUGUUUUUUUCAGUACUUGUGAGUUUGGGAUUGUUUUGGACGGUGACCCGACGGAAGAGGGAAGAGGAACGACUGCUCAAACGCAACAAGUUCCAGUUCAUUAAACUCAGCGUCAGCGUGGACGUGCUCGGUGAGUACAAAGUGGAGAUCUCCAAAAAGCAACCACUUAUGGCCAAGAUUAAAGAAGAACUCAAGGCACUGGAGAGUGAAGCGGCUGAUCACCUGGCCAAACAGACGGCAAACAAGGCUGAAGUGGAAGCCUGUGAGAGUGCUAAGAAACAGAUAACAGAUGAGGCUGCAUCACUUGAGUCUGAACUUGGUAGCAAAAAAGAGGAAUUUACAAAGCAGAAGGCCAACUGGGAAGCUGAGGUUGCAUCUCUAAAUAAGCAGAUAAAUGAGAAAAGCAAAUUGUGUGACUUCAUCAAAACGGAUUCAGAAGUGGCCAGGAAACUGUGUGGUGUGCCGGAUCCUAAGCCAGAUGCAGUAAAGGACCCCAAGCCAGAGGAGGCCAAGGCAGAGGCCCCUAAGGCAGAGGCCCCUAAGGCAGAGGCCCCUAAGCCGGAGGAGGCUAAAGUAGAGGCCCCUAAGCCCGAGGAGGCUAAGGCAGAGGCCCCUAAGCCCGAGGAGGCUAAGGCAGAGGCCCCUAAGCCCGAGGAGGCUAAGGCAGAGGCCCCUAAGCCCGAAGAGGCCAAGGAAGAGGCCUCUAAGGCGGGGGAGGCCAAGGAUGAGGCCCCUAAAUCAUAAUGAAUCGUCAUGUAAAUAGGAUGCAAGGACUCCAGGCGGAUCUCUGAAAGAAGGAAGUGAAGACGGCAAGCAGAAGGACUCCACUUUCUAGGAGAGUUGGACCUCUUUAUAUCCAAACACUAUUUCGGAAGUUCAACACCUUAACUAAUAACCCAGGAUUCCCAUUUGAAAUGGACUCCCCAAGUUCGACCAAACUCCACCAUGUCGCCCUGAAGUUAUUUUUCUCCAUGGAAGUGUUCUGUUGCUCAUACACUGGUGCAAACCCGUGUAUGUUGAAUAACUUUGUCUUCGUCUAUACAUCUUUUUACAUAGUGAUCCUCCCUAGGGUGUAUUGUUUACAUACAAUCCACCUUUACACCUCCAUCAGCCAUUCACAAAGCCCCAUUGCCCCGUUAGUUGACCUGCUAAAACGACACUCUGUGCUGACCUGUCCGGAAGUCCAAAAGAAGUUAAAGCUGUUUCUGUUUAACUGUAAGUCCAAAAGUCUUAUGGGCUACUCCAUGUGUUUCUGAGUUAAUUUUCUAAUAUGGGGAAGGGGAUUAUUUUGUACCAAUUAUAUAUUUUCUAUAUCUUCAAUUGAGUGGUUGGCCUAAUUGUCAUGCCAACCAAAUCACUUAGUAAUUUACAUAUCCAGAACUAUUUGAUUUGUAAUGCUAUAUGUAUGGGACUGUCGGAUUCGUAUAUAUAUUUCUUGGUAAAGCCACCUGACUUUCAUAAAUGCACUUGUUUAUAUUUGAACAUCAACAUCAUAAUGCUUUGUCAUGAAAAUAAAUAAAUGUUCUUUAUACAACAUCCCCCAGUGUGUCUGAUAUUUUUUUCCUCUCCGGUCACCACUCUAUUUUCUGCCCAUCAGA